AUGUCUCCGCCUUCCGCUUCUUCACGAGAGCUGUCGCCUGUGCCCGCGGACAUUUCGUGCACCGAGAGAGGCCAGGAGCGAGGCAGCGCAGAUGUCAGCUUGUGCGCGUCGCCUGUUCGCUCGUUUUCUCCGCGUCCUGCGCGUCGCAGCCCCCGGGAGUCCCCCUCUGGCCUAGCGCCGUCCCCGCCGGCGGCUGGUCCCGCCGCCGCGUCCGCGUCUCGCUUAUCUCCCUCCUCGCCUUCCUCCUCUUCCUCGCCUUCCUCCUCUUCCUCGCCUCCGCCGCCUUCCUCGCCUUCGCCGCCUUCCUCGCCUUCGCCGCCCUCGCAGCGCCCGGGUGGCGAUAGAGCGCCGGCGCGAGAUGCCGCCCUCGUCUCCAACGCAGCGCCCGAUGCGACGCCGCCGAAGGGGCGCGGAUGGGCGCGAGUCCCCCCUCCGACGAGCCCGAGGCCCUGGGCUCGUCGGAGGGGGGGACGUGUGCGACAGACUGCUGCUCCCUGCCUCUCGCCGGAGAGGCGGGUGAGUACGCGCCGCAGGGAGAUCUGA